UACAUUAGUUACCUAAUAUUAGUAUUAUAUAAUCCGUAUUAUAUCUUUAUCGAUUACUCAUUAAUUCAGUAAUUGCAUAAGACCCUAGCAGAUCUACCAUGCUCGUACAGCAAGUCAAGAUCACUUUCAUCGCAGUGGCGAUUACCCCGGGAAUCCAAUUAAUACAUAGGCCUUAACUGAGUGGCAACAUGCAUCCGACCAAGCUUUCUCUCCUUCAGGGGUCUAGUUAUAUGAGAACGUAACUAUACAAGGUUGAAUAAUUCAGUCACUCCGGGGAGCAAGUCGCGCAGGCUUAUAUUCGUCAUAAACCGUCGUGAUGGUGGCCGAAGAAGAUAGUCAAAAGACACGCAAUUUACUCGGAGAGACAAGUUUUGAAGGCCGUCUUCAAUUGAAGAAUUUCAUGUUCAAGGGGCCGAGCCAAAGCUCAUCGUCUAUACCACCACGCCGAAGCCAGAGGCUGCUGACACCUCAGUCUGCCGCCUCAUCUCAGAGCUCACCCUCACUAUCAUCAGAAGCGCCGCCUAAAUCGAAGAAGCGCAAAACACGUUCAGGGGUAUUAGACGUAGACGAAAGUAGUAGCAGGAGUACACCCCCAGCAUCGGCCUUACCCUCUCCAAAAAAGCGAUCUCGAGGACCGUCUUCAUACGCUCCACCCUCAACAUACGCACACUUACCCUUACUCCCAGACGCUAUCGCUCCAAACCUAUUAAUCUUGUUCAUCGGCUUGAAUCCUGGCCUCCAGACAGCACGUGUCGGGCACGCAUACGCGCACCCAUCAAACCUCUUCUGGAAACUACUCUACUCGUCCGGGAUCACGCCGGUCCGAUGUCACGCGUACGAGGACCAGACUAUGCCUGCGCGGUACGCGCUCGGCCACACUAACAUCGUGGCCCGCCCGUCGCGCAACGGCGCCGAACUGAGUAAAGCCGAGAUGGACGAGGGCGUCGCCAUCCUCGAGGACAAGUGUCGCAGGUGGCGGCCCGAGGUCGCGUGUAUCACGGGCAAGAGUAUCUGGGAAAGUGUGUUUCGUGUGCGUCAUGGAAGGGCUAUGAAGAAGGAUGAGUUUAAGUAUGGGUGGCAGGAGGAGAGGAUGGGUGUUAUUGAGGGGAAUGGGGAAGAGGAGCCUUGGGAAGGCACGAGGGUGUUUGUAGCAACUAGUACGAGUGGGCUUGCGGCUACGCUGAGGCCGGAGGAAAAGGAGAGGAUAUGGAAGAUUUUGGGAGAUUGGUGCGUGAAGAGGCGAAAAGAAAGAGAGAAUGCUACUACCGAAGAUAGCAAGGAUCCUGAAAUAUCAGAUCCGGUAUAAAAGGAAGGUUGUCUCCCUGUUCACCAUUCUUACUGCUGAUGGGGAUUACGCUACACAGCGAUAUAUGGCGAAUUGUUUUAUAGAUACCCCUGAAUAUAUAUCAAGAAAUUAUAUCUGACUAACAGCUACUGCUACUAGCUGUAACCAUAAA